AAAAUGACCAAGAUAGGAGAAUUUGAACUUGUGUUUCGCCACCUGGACAAAAAUGGUGACGGGAAGAUUUCAGCAUCAGAACUGAGUCAUCAUGUGAGUUUGAUAGGAGGGAAGCUGUUCAUGAAAGAUGCAGAAAUGGUGGUUGAGUUAUUGGACUCCGAUGGAGAUGGGUUGUUGGGAUUUGAUGAUCUUGUUAAGCUAAUGGAAGGUGGAGGAGAAGAAGAGAAGUUGCAGGAUUUAAGAGAAGCUUUUGCAAUGUAUGACGUAGAUAACUGUGGGUUUAUAACUCCCAGGAGCUUGAGAAAGAUGCUUAAAAAGCUUGGUGAGUCAAAAUCUAUUGAUGAAUGUAAAAUGAUGAUAAGUCAGUUUGAUCUUAAUGGGGAUGGUGUUCUUAGCUUCGAAGAAUUUAGGGUUAUGAUGCAGUGAUGUCUUUCUCUAUGUUGCUUUCUUUGUAAUAUGUUAAAUUUUAAUUGAGUACUAUACCAAAUGAUUUAAUGGAUCCUUGCAAUGAUUGUCAAGUGAAAUGCUUCAAUCCUUGGAACUCAAGCUUUUCUUUCAGAAAUAGUAGCAAGAAAAUAGGAAGAUGAUGAAAUUCAU